CUAUGGUGGCCCUGGAGAAUCCCACAAACAACAAACAAAGCAGUGUGUUUUUUUUCGCAUUUCUUCACUUCAUUUUUGCUGAAAUUGUAGUUUAUACCUCAUUAGAGACACCACAGUUCUGCAGAUUAUACUGCGGAGUGCAGAGACAUAUUUUAAUAAUCAAAGCAGAAGAGAAAGCCGUGUCUCAACAUUUAAUAUACGGUUGAGCUUCAUACUUGCAAGACGAGAUGCGUGGGCGAACAGCCAGAGAUGAGGAUUCUGGGUCUGACUGGGAUAGUAUAUCAGAGAUAGUUCCACCACCACCACCUAAGAAACAAGAAAGUCAACUCUCGUCUCAGAGUGAUUCACAGAACCAGCCAGCAGUUGCAGCACGCAAAUUAAAACCAUUGACUCGCAUGGAUCCACAUCUUGGGAAUAAGGCAGACAGCGAAAAUCCUCCAUAUAGUUUCAGGUCUGAGGUUAAGAGUCCCAGCAGAGUUUCAGAGGACCACAUAACUAAGCCAGGAAAACAAAAGAAAGGGAAGUUGUAUGACCCUCGUCCACCAUCCCAGAGACGUGUCAGCUUUGUUGACGAUGAAGCUUUUGACCAAGAGAGACCUUCAGCAAAUGGAGAUGUGACUGGCCCUGACAGUGAUGUGGAUGACCCAUUGUAUUCAACAGUUAAACCUAGGGAGGCUUCUAAUCCUGAAGAACUUCAAACUCAAGAUGAACAGGGUAAAGAAGAUGAAAGUUCUCAUAAAUCUGAGAAGAAAAAAUUUAGAAGUCUUUCUAAAUCUUUAAACAAGAAGCUGCAAGGAAUAGACAAUAGAGGCUAUGUGGAUGAUGAUGAAGCUGCAGGCAGCCACAGCACACACUCAACUACUGUUGCUAAAAAGUCCAGCACUACCACUCCAGUUUAUGUUAAACCUCAUACCUUAGCUAACCAGCAACUUCCUUCCGAGAUACCAAAGAAUUUUCAUAGGUGUGAAGAAGGAUUCAAGCCCGAGGCAUAUUAUGUGAAGUCAAAUUCUGAAAACAGCUUAUUAGUUAAUAUGGAUUGGUCACCUCCUCUUAUACUGACCAUUGGAGAAACGCCUUUGGAAUCUGAGGGAAAGAAAGCUCUGGAGACGAUCAAUAGAGCCAUGGGAGAAGUGUUCGCUCUUGUUACUUUCCCUUUUACCUGCUUCACCUUAUUCCUUCAUCAUCUGUUAAGGUUCCUUCUUCAUGGUGUGAUAAGACCUCUUGUGGUUGAGCCAUUAACCUUGACUGUGGAAUAUCUUGUUCGCCCUUUCGUGGGUGGCGUAUUAAGGCCUCUGCUGCUCAGUGUGCAUGGUGCAUCAGUGUACUUAAGUGAUACCUUAGUAGUGUGCCUGAGACCAUUGACUGCUGUGUUACAGUCAUUCAGGAUAGUCGAGGUUAAUUAUAUUCGUCAUCAUUCACCCGAAGAAAUUUAGAUACUCUUUUUUUUUUUUUCUUCAACAAGUCGGCUGUCUCCCACUGAGGCAUAGGACAUUAAAUCACAAAUUAACCACACUUAGGAAAUUUAAGAUGACUUUUCAGUCUGUUCAGGAUGUAUUGAAACAUUGUCACAAGUUUCUUAUCCUAAGUGUGGGUUAUUUGUGAAUUGCUCCAGCUAUUGUAUUGUGACUUUAAUCUUUAUAUUCUUAGGAUAUUGUGUUUUUUAGAGAUCUUUCUUUCAACGUACCAGCCGUAUCCCACCGAGGCAGGGUGGCCCAAAAGGAAAAACGAAAGUUUCUCCUUUCAAAUUUAGUAAUAUUUACAGGAGAAUGGGUUACUAGCCCCUUGCUCCUGGCAUUUUAGUCGCCUCUUACGACACGCAUGGCUUACGGAGGAAGAAUUCUGUUCCACUUCCCCAUGGAGAUUUUUUAGAGAUAUUAGUGCUUAUUUAUUUUCAGCUCAUAUUCAGUUAUUUCUAGUUUAAUGUAGAUUUGGUAUACAUGUAGAUUUUUUGUGUGUAGCUAGUACUGUAAAUGUCCAUGUAUACACUAAGAGAGAAGAGGUACAGAAGAGAUACUAUAAAGUUCUUUUUCACAGAGUGGUAGAUUAACCUUUUGAGGGUCCAGAGGCCAAAUCUCAAGAGUUACAGCCAGGGUCCAAGAAUUUUCAAAAAAAUUUUUUUGUUAUUUUUUCUUCUGAAAUGGUAGAGAAUCUUUUUCUGAAGUUAAUAAAGCAAAAAGUAUGAAAUAUAAUGGAAAAUUGAUGAAAUUAUGCUCUCGCGAAUUUUGAUUUGUCAGCGAUAUUUACACAUUGGCGAUUUUGCCCACUUUGACUCCCAUUUUAGGCCAAUUGCAUUAUUCCAGUCGACCAAAUUCUUAGCUAUUUUGCUAGUAUUACUUCUAUUUUAUCAAUUGAGCACAAGAAAUCACCCAGUGAACUGUUUCAACUAGCCAAUAAAAUGAUUGGAAAUUGGUAAUUUGGCCAUUUUAACACGAAGUUCAAAAUAUUCCAAUUUCAAAAUAGGGUCCAGAAUAAACAAUGCAGGCAUUCCUGGCACUAAAGUAACAUUUCUUCUGUUCAUUAGUUACAUUUUCAGGCUUUACAAAUGAAUUCCAGUUGAUUUUUUAUUCACAUAAUGAAGUUUUUAUUCACACCAAAAAUAGAAGAUUUACUGUUAUGCAAUGUUGUAAUAAUUGUAUAAAUAAUAUCAGCAUAUUCGUGAACGUAUAUUAGACCCACCAGUUGACGCGUAUUAGACUCUUGGCGACAUUUGUUUGCUCUUGAACUUCGGCAAAAAUUGAACAUUUCUGCUAAUUUGAGCUUAGUUUCAAGCCAUUUUCAGUACUAAAACCAAUCAAAAUCAUCUCUAUUUCUGUAAUAUAUCUUCCAUUCUAUCAAAUGAGACCAAGAAAUUGCGACCUUACGACUGGUUGGUCGGAACCAAGCUUGGUCGUAAGUCAGAUGGUAGUGUACAGCUGCAAAAAACAUGAAAAAACACUGCAAAGUCGCUGUUUUAAUUCAAAAUUAUAGUCGCAGUUUUUUCUCUCAUUAUGCACUGUGUGCUGCAGGAUUUGUUUUAUGUGGUGCACACUUACCACAUAGAUGUAUUCUCUCAUAACUAGGCCCAAAUUUACCACUCACAGGUUAUCUGAGUGAGCUGAGCUCAUGGCGUAGCUCGACAGCUUGGACCCUGGCUUCAAAGCUGUAGAUCUACAGGACGGACCUUGAAAGGGUUAACCAGUGAAGAGAUGCCAUGAACACAGUUCUCUACCUGGUGCAUAAUCACAGACAUUUCAUACAGUAUGAUUGAUAUUCUGUGGUCUGCUUACCUACUUCCAGCAGAACAUGACAUUGCUUUAGGCAUGUGCCUUUUAUUUCAGCUGUUGUACUGUGUACAACUGUAAUAUUUCAAGCUUUCAAGGAAGGUGCUUUGAUGCUGCUUAUGGGCUCUUUCUCAGGAAUUGAAGUUACUCUCCCUACUUCUUUUUCAAUAUAAUAAUGCAAACUGCAUAUUGUGUCUCAUUAAGAGACAAUGAUGCUUAUCUUGUCAGCUGUAAGGUUAGAUAGGUUAACUCACACAAUUGGACUGUUCUUUCACUUUAUUACACAUUUUACAUUAUAUGAAAUGUAUCUUUAAAUGUCCAGUGGAUCACUUUGUGCUCCAACAUUAUUAUGAAUAAUUUUGUGCCAUAUUUUAUGAGGCAUUUUGUAUCAUCAUAUACUGAACCAUUCAGUGAGGAUUACCUGUGUAUAUGCAAUGCAUUGUAUGGUAUAAAAGUGUACUUCAGUGCUGUACUUAUGAAGGAGUCACAUAAUACACAAUAGAAGUAGUUUUUUGCCAACAACUUAUGUAACACUAUUGUAAAUAUGAGGGAGUGCCAAUAGUGAGAAUGAACUUAAUAUUUAAACUUCUGUAAACAAUGCUUUGAAAUGCUAAUUUUUCUUGUAAAAGUGUUUGUGAUCCAAGGAAUUGGGGAAUCCUUCCACUUCCUCUGGUCAAACCUAGUUAAAGAACCUUCCAUUCCUCUAGCAAUGGAUGACCCUUACCAUUUUAGCACUUUCCCCAUAAUAAUGAUAGUGUAUAAAUAAUGAAAAACAAUCUUGAUAUUUAAUUUUUUUAAAGACUUGUAUAUAUAAAUACUACAUAAUGUUUUUAUUUUAUUUUAAUAAGGGAAAAACACUACAAACCCAUAAAGGUCACAAAGUGCUUUUGGAAUGGAAGGCCAUCUGGUUCAUUGUAAGGAAUGGGAGGAUAAGUCCAGUUCCUUGGAUCAAAUCACUCGGUGGCAUCAAGAUAGCUUCCUUGAGGGGCCUUAAAGUGUUAAGUUCAACCUAACUAUUGCCCAUACUGCAUGCAAUUCUGCCAUGUUUUGUGAAAAUAAUAUUGAAUAAUUUUAUUUGAUAUCUCUGGAGAUGCAGUGCAUAUAUUGGUUAUUCAAAUUUUUAUACAAUACACAGGGUUUAGCACUGUUUUUUCACACACUGGCCAUCUCCCACCAAGGGUGACCUGAAAAUGAAGUAUUUUUAUUGUUGUUCAUUCAAUCAUUAUGUGGUACACAUUCAGAAAAAUAAUGAAUGUCACUGCCAGUAAUCUUUAGAUAUCAUAUAUCUAAAUAUAAUAAUAAAUGUAUAUAGUUCACAGUAAGGUAGAAUGUAUGAAGGGAUUCAUGGAAAUUGGUUAUCCUGACUUGAGUCAUGGAGGUGGAAGCACUCUUAAGGAGGAGUGAAGAGGUUGGAGUCCAGAGGGCCAUCUGAACUGUUAUGUCAGCACACCUCCAGCAAGACAGUAAUUGAAUGAAUAAUGGUGAAAGUGUUUCACUUUUAUUGGGUCACAUAACGUAAGUGGGAGACAGCUUGUGUGAAAAAAAAAAUCAGGAAAAUUAUAAAAGUGCCUUUGCUAACCAUGUUUAAAUGCCAUUAGAUUUCAUCUAUUUUCUUGUAAAGUUACUUAUGGUACAAAACUGAUGUAGUCAUUAUUUUCUAGUCAGUGCAUAAUUUACAAAAGGAUGAGAUGCCACCAGGGAAGGAUUAUAUAGAAUAAGCAUUAAUUAUGUCAGUGUUUUGCUUUAUGUAAAGCUUUAUAAAGUCAUUAUGACUUGAUACUUUAUAGAAAGCAGAACAUUGUCAGUGUAUUCUUGUUCUGUAUACACUCUAUCUUUUAUUCUAUUGCUUAUUUAUUACCAUUUUUCAGUAAAUUAUUUAGUUUCAAGUCAGUAUGCAGUAGCCCAAAUUAUGGAAAGGAAACAUUAGACAUCAUCGAAUGCAGUGGUUCCUUAACUUUUUCAGGCUGCUGCCCCCCUUGGCUUCCAGGCAACAAUCCUUGUGCACCCCCCACACACACACAUAAAUACAUAUGAACACACCUCUUUCUUGGUAUUAGGUUCACUGCAAAUUCAAAACAACUAAUCUAAUACUGUAAAUAAGAUUAUUUACUUCACAAAUCAAAAUUAAUAUAGUAAACCAAUUUAUUUAACAAUAAGAAGGGGUAAAUUUACAUAUCUGAAACUACAUUGUCUUCACAGUUUUAAUGUAAUGGAUGUGCUUAGUGCAGGGACAUCAGCUUCUCAACAUCAGGCUUGAAGGCACUAAGUCAUCUUAGAUCCCUGUGUUCAGUAAUUUUCAGUCUGUGUCUUUGCUUAGAAAGAAGCUUGGCAACUGCAGUGAAGCCUCACUGCUAAAUAUGAUGUUGGGAAGGCAAUAAAGUCAUCUUGACUUUGUUCUACAGUGUAGGGUAGUGGUUAAAAAUUAUUUUUGGUAGAUGGAUCUAUAAUUUCCUAACAAAUAGAACAUAAAGAGUAGUAGUCAACAGAGUAAAGUCUGAAGCGGCUAUGGUAAAAAGCUCUGUUCCACAAGGCACGGUACUUGCUCCCAUCUUGUUCCUCAUCCUCAUAUCAGACAGAGAGGGAUAUAAACCACAGCGCUGUGUCUUCCUUUGCAGACGACUCCCAGAUUUGCAUGACAGUGUCCUCCAUUGAAGACACUGCAAGACUCCAGGUGGACAUCAAUCGAAUCUUUAAAUGGGCUGCAGAAAACAAUAUGAAGUUCAAUGAUGAGAAAUUUCAGUUACUCCGAUAUGGAAAACGUGAGGAAAUUAAAACUGAGUAUAAAACAAAUUCCAACCAUACAAUAGUGAUAAACUAAAGUCAAAGACCUGGGAGCGAUAAGAUAAGAUUUCGUUCGGAUUUUUAACCCCGGAGGGUUAGCCACCCAGGAUAACCCAAGAAAGUCAGUGCGUCAUCGAGGACUGUCUAACUUAUUUCCAUUGGGGUCCU